AUGGCGUUUGUGGGGAGCGACGGCUUCUCAAUAUUCGACGGUAAUGGGAAACUCGCCUUUAGGGUAGAUAACUAUUCCAGGAGAAAUAAGUACCUCGUUGGAGAGCUCCUCCUCACGGAUGUAGAUGGAAGGCCACUGCUUGCUCUCAAGCCUCAGAUUUUGAGCCUCCAUGACCAGUGGAAUGGAUACAGCAUAACAGCCAGCUUCAAAACCCUAAUUUUUACUAUGAAACAACGAUCAAUCCUUAAGAACAGAGACGACGAUGUCGAGAUUUUUUUGCAUAAAAGCAGAGGAGAUAAGGCUGGAAGCAAAUCAAUGGAAGAAGCAGACUACCGAAUACAGGGCUGUUUUCAGAAGAGAAGCUGCAAAAUCUGGGGAAGGUCGGGGAAGCUCGUGGCUUGGAUAUCUAGGAAGAUGGUCAGCCCAUUAGUGAUUCUGGAUGAUGAUGUCUUCAGACUUAUUAUGGCUCCAGGAAAUCAUCAAUGUGAAUUGAUAAUGGCGUUCAUCGUCAUAAUGGAUAGAAUCUGCAGGAAGCCCUUUAAUUUCAUGUUGCUGUGCCACUGA